AAUCAUUAUUGAUGACAAAAAGAGAGGAAUUUCGAUUCUCCAUCAGGAAGGAGAGACUAGAAGAUUUAUUCAGUCAAAACCGCAAGAGAAGUUGUGUUGUUAAUGAAGUCGAUCCCUCAAUUGAAAUUCCCCCUUUUUCUGAUUCACAAGAACUUCACAAUUAUCUCAUUAAUGGCGAUAAUAGCCAACAGAAAUUAUUGAAAGCUGCAAAUGAUAAACAAUUGCUGACCAAAUUGUUUGCAGCUGCAAAAACCUCAGAUUACUAUUCCAUAAUAAUUUUGAGUAAUAUUUGCACCAAAAUGAAUCUUGCAGAAUGCGAAGUGCUUUUUCUUAACCAGUUGAAGUUGGCAAAACAAAGAAUGGACAUCAGAAUGAUUGAUAAUGUAAAAAUACAUUCCUAAUCAUUUAGUUAUUUGAUGCACUCAAUAGUGUUUGCUCCUAAGAAUUAACUCUAAAAUAAUUAGAGUACUUAUUGAAUAAUAAUCUCAUCCCUCUUGUCAAUCAAAUACUCAAAGAAAACCAACGAGAUGUCUACACUGACAGCGAAGUCAAAAUGAUUAAAAGUGGAUCUGAAUUACUUUGUAGAUUCUUUAAUCAAUUUAGAAUCUUUACUGAAGAAGAAUUGGAUGCCAUAAUAUAAAAAUAUACACCAGAUGUAAUUAAGUCCCUGCUAUUUUAUAGAUUCGAUAUACUUUUUAUUUAAUGAAAUAAUUGCUUCCACUUUAAUUGCAAUACCCAAAAGUCACCUUUAUGUUUGUCAAAAAUCUCAUUUAAAUUAUCUCCUUGCAGCCUGAUAUCGCUAAUGAUUUAGAUAACUCAACUCUGUAGAUUUGUGUAUAACUCUUAGAAUAAAGUGACAACCAAAUUUUAAUAUCCACAAUCCUCAGAUUUAUGAUUGGCAUCAGUGCUUUCAAAGAUGAGAAAUUUGUUUAAAGAAUCUUCUUCUUAAAAGGACAUGACACAGUGAAACAAUACAUCAACCAUGAAAGUGUAUUUAUACGACAAGCUUCCAUCAAAUUACUCGCUAACUUUACUAAUGUAGAUUCUGAAAACUUACAAAAAGAGAUUGUUUCCGAUCUUCCCUUCAUUGCAGAGGUUAUCUAAAACUUUUAGAACUUAGACAGGUCAGAUCAAAAUUAUUUAAGACUCAUUUAUGGAAUCAUCUCAAACUGUUUGACAUACACAUCUACAGAAUUGAUAAAAGACUUAAGAGUAUUUUAAAUACUGAGAAUCAAAUUCCUAUUGGAAGAACCAGAAGAACUUGAAAAUAUCAUUAUCUAUUUAAAUGUACUCUACACUUUACUCUACUACUACGAAGCUUAUUGCAUAGAUGAUACUGAACUAGAAAAAAAAUUGGAGAGUCUUUUAGGUCAUAAAAACGAAGAUAUUGUGAAACUUGUUGAAGAAACCCUGAAUCUAAUUGAUCAAAAAAAAGAACAAUCUAUGAAUGAAUGA